UGGAUUCUUAAAGCGUCGUAGGUGAUCAAUGAAAGUAAUUCACUGCAACUUAAUUAAAUAUUAAUAAACAAGGCGGGCAAAGAAAAUUUAAAAUGAUUUAAAAGCAACACGUACAUGAAAAUGGCAAUUUAUAACUAAGUGCAUGAUGUCAGUUAAUAUGUUGAGUUCUCUUUCUCGAGGAUAUGGACCAUGGAAUGGAUCAUUCAAUACCUUACCUAAUCAGGACAUUCUUCCAAGUCUAGAUCAAAAUUCCUGCCAGCAUAGACACGGUGUUACGCCACGACCCAGCACAAGUGCUACACUCUCUACUGUGUCAGUUGCUAACGAUGGUCACCUAGAUUUACCUAAAACUUACCUUACCCGCAAGGGAGCCUUAAUGCUGUUCACAUCCAAUGAAGAUAUACCACUUGAACCCCCACCAGUACCCACACUCAAGAGAAAACGGCACAAAAACAGGGAUUUAAUUGACCUUAGUUUAAAACUUAGGACAUUAGAAAGACUUUCUAUGUCAGUUCUGCAGUUUGGAGAUAAGUCGUAUGAUAAGGAAACUGCAAGCAUCUCUGAUCAAAAUACGAGCUUAUUUUUUAACUUCCUUCAUGACUUGAGCCAAGAAAAUGAAUUCAAUGAUGCACACUCUCAACCUGGAGAAGAAUUAAAGUUUUACUUGAAAGACCUCAAGCGCAGAGCUAGUUACAGAGGAUAUGGAGGUCAAGAUGGGUCAUUCCAUCGGGCCAGGUCUGCAGAGCUACAGGAAAUAUUAGAUGAGUUGGAAAAAGUCUGGCCACAUUCCACUAACGUACACAGGGGUGAUGUUACUAGCAUCGAUGGGGAUGACUUUUUCUUUGCAACCCCCACUCCCAGCACUAGCAGAUCUCUAUCUAGGCACAGAGUGUUGUCUAGUAAGAAGCUCACAGGAUCACUCAAAUCUUUAACUUACAUGGGCAGACCUGUCACAGCAGAUGGACUGCGAGAUAUUGGGGCAUCAUACAGAGGCAACAGUGGUUUGGAACAUGGUCGACCUAGAAGUGCCUUGACCCAGGCCUGGUCUGAAGGUGCUCCAGCCAAACAGCGCAGGCCAAAGACUUCCCAGAGCUUAAGUCGUGUUGACUCACUCAAGGCAGAGCUGACAAGACAAGCCAUGCAAAGUCCAGAGGAUGAUGGUGACACAACUCACUUCACUCGUGUAGACCAGCCUAGGGUCAGUUUGUGGUCACUUGGUGCUCAUCUAGUGAGCUGGUCUUCAGUGAAGUGUAGUAUGUACAAGUUUUUCUGUAGUCUUUCGGAUCACGUGCUGCCCGCACACCUUCCUACGCUGGGAUCUCUUUCCAGUGGCGGACAGGCGUGGGGUGACCAGAGUGAACAAGAUGCAUCUGAAACACCCCACAGGGAGCAGUCGGCCAUGGAGGAAGAUGAAAGGGAGGCGAUGCUUGCUGAGGCAGCCAGUGUUCUCUCCUCUUUAGCUGAAGAAGGGGACAUUGAUGUCCCCAAUGAUGAUUCGACAGAAUGGGAUGAUGAUCAGCUGGAAGAUGACCAGUGGCCAGAGGAGGAACAACAGGGACAUCUAGUCAUAUCAAUGUUAGUUGGUGUAGUUGAAACAAAACACCUUAUCACCCCCCACAGCAGUGAGCUAGACCCAGCUACAGGACCCUUACAUCCACCAUAUUCUGGUGUCCUGGAUGGAUCUGCAGUGGAGGAGAGGAAAGAGAUAGAAGAGUUACACGAUACCCAUUCAAGGGGAAGCUUUGGUACACCAGUCCCUUCAUCAAGGGGAACAACUCCAUCAGUCAGGCAUAGCAAUGCUGAACACAGCCUAGAGCAAGUUUUAUACACCAAGACAGAACUGGACAGAAUGCAGGCAGGAGCAAACAUUGCCACUGAGUCUGAUGUGUCUGUACAACAUAGCAAGGAAGCUGAAAGAGCUGCCAAACUUGCAGCACUUGACUACCUGUUGGCGCCAUCAAGUCAGUCAAAGCCCCCAGAGUCUACAACAACAGAAGCCGCGCCUGCCACACAGGAAGAAAGUGAUGAAGAUGUCAUUGAAAAACCAGAGCCACUGGCACCUAAAAGAAGAGAGCGGCCUGCGGAUGUGACGAUACCUAAGGUAGAAGAGGAGGAGGGGGAGAAGAAGGAAGAGGAUGUUGGCAGAAAUGAGGAACCUGUGACGUCAUAUUCAGAGAGAGUGAAGCAAGAGAGGGAAGAGAAGGAGAGAAAAUCUGCAAAGCUAAGGGAGGAAAAAGAGAAGGCGGAGGCCAAGAAAAGAGAAGAAGAGGAACUGAGGAGGCUGGAGAAAGAGGAUAAAGCUAAGGCUGCAGAGGAGAGGUUGAGGAUGAAGGCGGAGGAGGCAGCGAAAAGAAAAGAGGAAGAAAAGAGAAGAGCACAGGAAGAUGCACCUGCUGGUAAAACUCCAGACAUUGUAUUGAAACCCACCCCUCCCCCAGGUAGGAAGGAAUCACCAAGCAGGUCCAAGGGAGGCAAGUCAGUGAAAAAAGUCCCAACAAGGGACAGUAAGGCAGCAAACAAACAGUUUGUGAAAGCCUUGGAUGUGUCUAGUGCUCAGCAAGAUGGCGCUGCAGUCACAAGCUCUGCUAAACCUGCAGCAGACCAACCCAACCAAGUGCGCAGGGGGAGGGUGACAGCUGUGAAGAAAGAGCCAGAAGUUCCAGGUCAUCUGAUGGAGAUGUUGUCCAGAAAAAGUGCCAGUCAGACAGAGCUAGAGAUGGAGGAGGAGAUCCUCAAAAUGAAAAAUGCAGUUGACAAUGCCCUGGCAGGAAGUGUUGUUCAAGUAGAUGGUGAAGAGGGUUUGACAGAGGAAGAUUUCAAGGCUGCCCAGGAAGCUUUAAUGGAAAAGAUCAAGAGAGCGGAGGAGGGUAUACAGGAGCCCACUAAACAAGCAGGGAAGAAAGGGACGUUAAGCAAAGUCAAACCUGAGCUCAAACCUCGUCUGGGCAAGGCUAAGAAACAGCAGGAAACAGCCAAACGCGAUCUAGUCAAGGAAAGGGAGGCAAUCAAGGAGCGGGAAAGAUUAGAGAAAGAGAGAAGGCUGGAGGAGGUGAGAGCUCUCCAACAGAAGAUCAUCAUGAAAGAGGAGGCAAGGAAGGCCAAGGAGGCUGAGGCCAAGAGGAAGGCUGAGGAACUGAAGGAGAGAAUGGAGGCUCUGAGAGAGGAGGAGGCAGAGCUGGAGAGAGCUGAGCAGGAUGCCAGGGAGCAGAUAGAGGCUGUGAGGAAGGCACAGAGAGCAGAGAGGGAGGCUCGCAGGAAGGCUGAGCUGGAACGUAAGAAAGAGGAGGCCAUUAAAAAAAGGGAGAAAGAAAAAGCCAUGGCCGAGGCUGCUAGGCUGAAGGAGAAGGAGAUGCUGGACAGUAUAGCUGAUGCUGAGAUGGCCAGGAGGCUUAGGGAGGAAGAUGAGGCCAGGAGGGAGGAGGAGGAAAUGGUUGCACAAGAGAGGUUUGAGGCUGCACUGCUGGAAGCACAAAAAGCUGCAGAAGAAGAAGAAGAGAAAUUAAGAGAACUGGAGAGACAAGCUGAAGAGGAAGCUUUCCAACGACUUCUGGAUGAGAAGGAGGAAGCUGAGACACGACGCAGAGAGCUUGAAAACCAGGCCAGACAGAUGCGGGAGGAUGAGGAGAGAAUACAACGUGAGAUGCUGGAGGAGGAGAAGAGACUGGAGACUGAGAGAAGGAGGCACGAGGAGGCAGAAGAGGCAAGGAGAGAACAGGAGCGAGCAAGACUUAGAGAGCUCCAGAGGCUGGAGGAGGAGGCUAGAGAGAAGAUGAGGGGGGAGCUGGAGAAGAGACGGGCCUGGGCCCUACAGCGAAGGGAGCACAACCUGCGGACCAGGUCCUACAUGGACUCCAUCAAACAGGCGCAGGGAAUCACAGAACCCUGGACCUUUUCUUACUUCGUUAGGUGGCCUAAAGAAACAUACAUGAGAUCUAUGGGCACAGACCCCAAGAAGAUAAAAGGACCACAGAAACCUCGAGCUAAAAUUAUCAUUGAAGAACCUGGUGGUCCUGGCACGCAGCCUGUAGAUCUUGUCUCUGUCAACUAUUAGACUUGUCUCUGUCAAUUAUUAGAUGUCAUUGUCUCUGUCAAUUUGACAACUUUGUUUGUCAACAUUUUGACAUUUUAUGUUAAAUUCCCGUUUUUAAGAUGGUCCAGUCUGACCCCAACUAAUAGGGGAUAUGUCUGGUCAGCUCAUUCGUCAACAUAUGUCGUGUGCAUCAUAGGGAUUUGAACUCUAGGCCUUCUGAGUUAGUAGUGCAUACUGCUACCACCUGACCAGACCACCCUAAACAUUUUUAAUCUCAAUACAAACAUGACAGCAAAUGAAGGAGAUACUGUGGUACCAUGUUGAUGUACUGUGGUACCAUGUUGAUGUGUUGUGGUACCAUGUUGAUGUAAUGUUGUACCAUGAUGAUGUACUGUGGUACCAUGUUGAUGUACUGUGGUUGAUGUACUGUGGUACCAUGUUGAUGUGUUGUGGUACCAUGUUGAUGUGUUGUGGUACUAUGUUGAUGUGGUGUGGUACCAUGUUAUUCUUUAAUUUGCCUUUCACCUAAGUGUUAUCCUUCUACUCUUGUUUUAGUAGUCCAUCCAUUAUACACUUAGUUUAUUAAUUAUAAGAAAAAGCUUUUCUGUGAUAUAGCAACUUGUACUGACAGUUUUUGUACAAGUUUUUUUUUAAUGUAAUGAAAUUUUAUGUUAUGUAAUGAUUUAAAGAAACUUUUAUAAGCAAAUUUGUUUUUCAAGGAAGUGUCCUAGGUUUAAUUCAUACUUUGUUAUAGUUACAUGUUUUUGCUAUAACUCUCAACAUUACUUAAUAGAUCAAUCACCAUAGGCCAACAAGUUCAAGUCUAUGAUACAUUUUUACUUAUAGGCCUACAUAUUUUUACCUAUUCAUGGCUACCUGUAUAAUUUAUAGUUAGACCUUUUGUGAUAUAACCUUUUUAUAUGCUUGUAAAUAAAGUUGCAGUUGAUGAUUACACGCUGUAAUAUUUAACUUUUGCUCACUGAUAUGAACACUGGCUAAAUGACUUCAUGUUUGACUGGGGUUUCCACUGACCCCACAAAUUCACCAAAACAGUGAUUAAAUGUUACAUUAAUUUUACUUGCCAACUGAGACCUUACUUAAAACAUGCAGACCAGAAAAAUAAUUUUUGUUUACUUUAUAAAAACAGGCACUGAAAAUUUUUUCUUCUUUAAACCAUACAAUAAAUAAAUCUGUUAAAGUUUUGUUCUGAGUUUUUAGUUCACUGCCAUUGUUAAAUCACCUCUUAAAACUUAAAAAUUUAUUGCUAGAAAAUAAUUGUUAAUCAUAACUUUAAAA